CGGACAAUGGGCCAGUGCAGCGGGAGGUGCUCGCUCGUCGCCUUCUGCUGCCUCCAGCUGGUGGCAGUGCUAGAGCGACAGGUGUUUGAUUUCCUGGGCUUCCAGUGGGCACCUAUUCUGGCCAACUUCCUACACAUCAUGGCCGUGAUCCUGGGGAUCUUUGGGGCACUUCAGGGCCGCUCCCGCUGCCUCACUCUGUAUGCGGGCUGGCUGCUGCUGUGGCUAGGUUGGAACACCUUCAUCAUCUGCUUCUACCUGGAGGUCGGACAACUGUCCCAGGACCGAGACUUCGUCAUGACCUUCAACACGUCCCUGCACCGCUCGUGGUGGAUGGAGAAUGGACCGGGCUGCCUGGUCACCCCCGUGGUCUCCUCCGAGCUGGCACCCCAAGAGGACCACCACGUCAUCGCUGUGACCGGCUGCCUGCUGGACUAUCCUUACAUCGAGGUGCUCAGCAGCGCCCUGCAGAUCUUCCUGGCGCUGUUUGGCUUCGUGUUCGCUUGCUACGUGAGCAAAGUGUUUCUAGAAGAAGAGGACAGCUUUGAUUUCAUCGGGGGUUUUGACGCCUAUGGCUACCAGGCACCGCAGAAGACGUCACACCUGCAGCUGCAGCCGCUCUACACGUCAGGGUGACACCGGACCCCGUGAAGUGGCGAGGCCUAGGCCGCCCCCGGCCCGGCUCGGCCUUGCGGGGACCCGAGGGCCCGAAGGGAGGACGGGAGCGCCCCCUGGCGGCCAGCGCCCCCCCGGGCCUGCCGUGCCACCUGCCUCGUGCCCCCUCGCCCCGGCCGGGCAGGGGCACGACCCCCGGGGACCUCUCAGUUUUAACCCCGGCCCCCCUGCAGCUCUGUGGACUGGGAGGAGCUGAGGAUGCCGGGGUGCCCAGGGAGUGCCUACGGCCGGGCCCAGCUUCUCCUGCCGAGGCCACGGCCCGAUGGACGGAGCGUCAAGGACAGAGGCAUACCACCCCCCACCUCGCCCUGAGCUCUGCACCUCUCUGCCCCCCUGUCCUUAUCCCGGGCCUCUCUCCGGUCGGGGAAGCCGCAGUCGGGUUUUCAGGUAGCCUGGCAAGUCACCGGGGCACAUUCCAGCUCAGAUACCCCCUCCCCUCCCCACCCCGCCUCCUUCUAUUAAGCAAUACGCCAGUCCUCCGUGCUGGGCACGGACCGGACCAAAGGGGUCGUGGGAGCCUAGCAAGGGCUUAGCCCUCCUCCUCCCCCUCCCUCAUCCCAGGUUGGGCGGCCGGCUG